UUGCUCAGCCGGGGCAGCGGGUCUGGGCGGUGGAGGAAAGCCGCAGAGUCCGCCCGAGGCCCCUGGGGGCCUAAACCCUGGCGGUUAGCCCACCCGAGAACUGUCGGUUGCUAAGUGACGCCAGCGCGCAGAGGCGCGUGCGCGGCCACGGCGGUGUGCGUGAAAUCGGACGCGCGCCGCGGCGGCGGCGGCGGCAGCGAGGACGACACCGAGGACGGCACCGAGGACGGCAGCGACUUAGGGGGCGGUGGCUGCGAGGCGGGCGCGCAGCUAGCGGAAGAGGCGUCUGUGAGGGCGACUAGGUCGCAGAGGAACAUCGUUGGGGCUGGAUUACAUCUAGGAGCACAUAGGCAUGAAGUGGGCUGUUUUUGGCGGACACAACAUCUUUGUAUGUGGUGUUGAGGAUCGAACCCGGGCCGCACCAUGCCAGAUCAGUGACUACCGUCUGUUCUACAAGAUGAGUAACAGCCACCCUCUUCGCCCCUUUACUGCAGUGGGGGAAAUUGAUCAUGUGCACAUUUUGUCUGAGCACAUCGGUGCCUUGUUGAUUGGGGAAGAAUAUGGUGAUGUCACAUUUGUCGUGGAAAAGAAACGUUUUCCUGCCCACAGGGUAAUUUUAGCAGCCAGAUGCCAAUAUUUUCGAGCGUUGCUGUAUGGUGGAAUGCGGGAGUCUCAGCCUGAAGCAGAAAUCCCUCUUCAAGACACCACUGCAGAAGCAUUCACAAUGCUACUCAAAUACAUCUACACUGGGCGGGCGACACUGACAGAUGAGAAGGAGGAGGUGCUGCUGGACUUUUUGAGCCUGGCUCAUAAAUAUGGAUUUCCAGAGCUGGAGGAUUCUACCUCUGAGUAUCUCUGCACCAUACUUAACAUUCAGAAUGUCUGUAUGACUUUUGAUGUCGCCAGUCUCUACUCACUUCCCAAGUUAACUUGUAUGUGCUGCAUGUUCAUGGACAGAAAUGCUCAGGAGGUGCUCUCAAGUGAAGGUUUCCUCUCCCUUUCCAAGACAGCACUUUUAAACAUUGUGUUAAGAGAUUCAUUUGCGGCUCCUGAAAAAGAUAUUUUCUUAGCCUUGUUAAACUGGUGUAAGCACAACUCAAAGGAGAAUCAUGUGGAAAUCAUGCAGGCUGUACGUUUACCUUUGAUGAGCCUCACUGAACUUCUCAAUGUUGUGAGGCCUUCAGGACUGUUGUCUCCGGACGCCAUUCUGGAUGCUAUUAAAGUACGGUCGGAGAGCCGGGAUAUGGACCUCAAUUAUAGAGGCAUGCUCAUUCCAGAAGAAAACAUUGCAACUAUGAAGUAUGGAGCCCAAGUUGUAAAAGGGGAGCUGAAGUCUGCCUUAUUAGAUGGCGAUACUCAAAAUUAUGAUUUGGAUCACGGAUUUUCUAGGCACCCAAUUGAUGAUGACUGCCGUUCAGGCAUUGAGAUUAAGCUAGGCCAACCGUCCAUCAUCAAUCACAUACGGAUACUCCUGUGGGACCGGGACAGCCGGUCUUAUUCCUACUUUAUUGAAGUGUCAAUGGAUGAACUUGAUUGGAUCAGAGUGAUAGAUCAUUCACAAUAUCUAUGUCGGUCUUGGCAAAAGUUGUAUUUUCCAGCUCGUGUCUGCAGGUAUAUUCGAAUAGUUGGGACUCACAAUACAGUAAACAAGAUCUUUCACAUUGUGGCUUUUGAAUGUAUGUUUACAAACAAAAUCUUCACUCUGGAGAAGGGUCUGAUCGUUCCCAUGGAGAAUGUUGCAACAAUUGCUGAUUGUGCCAGUGUGAUCGAAGGAGUCAGUCGGAGCCGAAAUGCCUUGCUGAAUGGGGACACAAAAAAUUAUGAUUGGGAUUCUGGCUACACGUGUCACCAGCUAGGAAGUGGUGCGAUUGUGGUUCAGCUGGCACAACCAUACAUGAUUGGAUCAAUACGAUUGUUACUUUGGGACUGUGAUGACCGCAGCUACAGUUACUAUGUUGAGGUUUCUACCAACCAGCAACAGUGGACCAUGGUGGCUGAUAGAACAAAAGUCUCCUGCAAGUCCUGGCAGUCGGUGACUUUUGAAAGGCAGCCUGCCUCCUUCAUCCGAAUCGUUGGAACACACAACACAGCAAAUGAGGUGUUCCACUGUGUCCACUUUGAGUGUCCUGAGCAGCAGAGCAUCCAGAAGGAGGAAGGCAGCGAAGAAUCAGGGACAACGGAUGACAGCCUGGCCAGUCAACAGCUUGACCCUCACGCCCUGCGAGCCCCCAGUGGCGGCUCGCUGCCCCCCAGCCCAGGCUCCAGCUCGCGCUCACCCAACCGGCAGCACCAAUAAAGGAGGCAGCAGACAUGGUGUGACUGGGUGGGCCUGGGCGGCAAAGGAGGUGUCCCCCGGGCAUGGUGUUUGUGGACUGCCCUCCCCACAUCCAGGGAGGAGCAGGCUUGGCUGCAAACUCGGACACAGAACAGGCUUCCUCCCAAGGACAGCAGGGCCCGCUUUGUUCUCCUCAAUUUGUCCAAAUCAGGCUAGUCUCCAGGGGGAGAAAUGGGUCUUCAAUCUUCAUCAAGUCCACCAUUAAAACCCUACCUCUCUAAUCUAACCCAGGCAGAGGGACAGAAGGAAGUGACACUCAGGCCCCAGCCCACUGCAGAAACGGCAGCGGACCGGAACAGAAGAGAAGGCACUAGGCCCUGCUGGCCCAGAGCGCCCUGUAGGAUUGGGUCCCCUGGGACACCGGCCCUGGAGGCUGGUGUGCCCUCUAGCUCCUCUCCUCCGCUGACUCCUAGCUUUCCUCAUCUCUGUGAGGCGCUCCAACAGCAGAUGGCUUUUCUGAUCCCUCUACAGUCAUUUCCCUCCCUUGGUUUUGAACGGUUUCGGGGCAGGGCAGAGACUGUUGUCCGUCUGUCUCCUGAAUGAGAUGCAGAGGCAUCUCGUGGUGACACCUGGUCUCACAAGGUAAAGCCUCCGUUCAACAAAAUACACAGUGAGCACAUCAGUCUGUGGACAUUCGAGUCAAUAAUCGUUCAGGUUGCUCA